AUGGGAAAUCUUCUCAGAUUGUUCUCUGUUUCUCUUCUUCUACUUGUUCUCUGUUUCCCAGCUUCAUCUCAGGUCAGUGAGCUCUUCUAUCCUGGUUUCAAAGAUGUGGCUGCCAACCUAACCUUAACCGGAGUUGCAGAGAUUGAAAAAAUUGGCAUCUUGAAAUUGACCAACGACACCAGUAGGCUAAUGGGCCAUGCCUUUUACACUUCACCAAUUCAGUUCAAGAACAAAACCAAUGGCAAAGCCUUCUCUUUCUCUACGUCCUUUGCCUUCACCAUAGUCCCCGAGUACCCGAAACUCGGAGGCCAUGGCCUGGCCUUCACGAUAGCGCCCUCCAAAGAUCUCAAAGCUCUGCCUAGUCAAUAUCUUGGUCUUCUCAAUGGCAGUGAGAUUGGCAACUUAUCAACCCACAUAUUUGCAGUUGAGUUUGACACAGUUCAAGACUUCGAGUUUGGAGACAUCAACGAUAACCAUGUAGGCAUCGACAUCAACAGCUUAAGCUCAAACGACUCUGCUGCUGCUGCCUAUUACAAAGACUCUGCUACGAAACAGAGCAUCAACCUCAAGUGUGGGAAACCAAUUCAAGCGUGGAUCGACUACGAUUCGGCUCAAAAUAUUGUGAAUGUAACAAUUUCACUUUCUUCUUCAAAACCCAAAAUCCCACUUCUUUCCUUUCACGUAGAUCUCUCGCCAAUUAUUGAAGAAUUUAUGUAUGUUGGGUUUUCAGCUUCAACGGGUCUGCUUGCUAGCUCCCACUACAUAUCGGGCUGGAGCUUCAAGAUCAACGGAGAGGCUCGAGCUCUUGACUUGGGUUCUCUUCCUUCACUUCCACAACCCAAGAAAAAACACCCAUCUUUAACAAUUGGGCUAUCAGUUUCCGCCAUUGCUCUUUCUCUGUCUGCAAUCUCUGUAGCCAUUUACCUCUUCGUGAAGAAAACCAAGAACUCCGACCCAAUAGAGUCCUGGGAGCUGGAGCUGGGCCCCCAUAGAUACUCCUACCAAGAAUUGAAGAAAGCCACAAAAGGAUUUAGAGACAAGGAGCUAAUUGGGCAAGGCGGGUUCGGUCAAGUAUACAAGGGAACACUCCCAGAAUCGAAAACCCAAGUCGCGGUUAAGCGAAUUUCGAACGAUUCAAAACAGGGUUUGCGUGAAUUCGUAGCGGAAAUCGCCAGCAUAGGUCGUCUUCGGCACAGAAACUUGGUUCAAUUGUUGGGUUGGUGUCGACGAAGAGGCGAUCUUCUUCUUGUCUACGAUUACAUGGAAAAUGGGAGCUUGGACAAUGCCCUGUUUGAUGAGCCCAAAACCCUACUGAGCUGGGAACAGAGGUUUAAGAUCAUAAAGGGCGUUGCUUCAGCUCUGCAUUAUUUACACGAAGGCUAUGAACAAGUUGUGAUUCACAGAGACGUGAAGGCAAGCAAUGUGUUGCUUGACAAUGAGCUAAACGGAAGGCUUGGGGAUUUUGGGCUUGCAAGACUUCAUGAACAUGGCUCAGUUUCAAGCACCACAACUAGGGUUGUGGGCACUUUGGGUUAUUUAGCACCAGAGCUGCCGAGGACUGGUAAGGCCAGCACUGGCUCUGAUGUAUAUGCAUUCGGCGCGCUUUUGCUUGAGGUGGCCUGUGGAAGAAGGCCCAUUGAGCCCAAGGCAGUGGCUGAGGAGCUGGUUUUGGUGGACUGGGUUUGGGAGAUGUACAGAGAAGGCAGGCUGCUUGAUGUUGUGGACAGGAGGCUCAAUGGGGGGUUUGACGAGGGUGAGAUGGUGAUGGUGUUGAAAUUAGGGCUCAUGUGUUCCAACCAUGGGCCGAUCGAACGGCCAAGCAUGAGGAUGGUGGUGAGGUACUUGGACGGUGAGAUUGAAGUUCCAGGGGACUUGAGGGGCCCACGUAGGUUGAGGAAGGGUGAUCGUGAUCAUGAGGCUGCCUUUGAUGAUCUGAUGAAGUCGUUUGCUUCAUCAUCUUCGUUUGAUAAGAUGAGCUUGUCCUCUAAUAAAGAUAUGGAUGCUACUUUUGCUUCCCUUUCUAAUUCUCCUCUCAGUCUUCUCCACGGCCAAACUAGGUAG